UUUUCUUGGUGUGAAGUGUUGAGAGAUUGAAAAGUGCUGUCUGCCCGUAGAAAGUGCAUUUAAUUUAACAUUAACCCCAACAAAACACAAGCUAUCAUACACUACUAUGGCCAAGAUUCGAGAGCUGGUGCCAGAGCUGGCGGAAGUGGCGCGCACUGAGCUGAACGAGGAUCCGGCGAGUCGGGAUGAGCUCAUUGCAGCCCUGCGCGCGUGGAUCGAGGAACAGAGCUAUCUGGUGGCACGUACCGAAGAUCAGUUCUUGGUUGCAUUUCUGCGCUUCUGUCGCUGGGAUCUGGAGGAGGCCAAGAAACGUGUGCUCUUCUUCUACAACUACAAGUCCAAGGAGCGCGGCCUGCUCAAGAGUCGCUUUGUGGACGACAAACUGCUCGAGCUGGCUAGAUCUGGCAUAUUCGCAACGCUACCUAAUCCCAUUGGUCCGGGCGGCCCACGUAUACACUUCACACGCAUGGGACACAUAGAGACUUCCAAGCAUAGUGUAUCCGACAUCUUUCGCUUCCAUGCCUUCCGCUCUGAAAUGGAGAUCAACUCCGACGACAACUGGAAUAUAGCUGGCGUUGUGGAGGUUAUUGAUUUCACCAAAAUUCCCUAUUCGCUGUUGCUGCAGUUCGACCCAAGCUUGUUCCGACGCAUGAAUUCCUUCCUCGAGCAUGGCAUUCCCACGAACCUGGUGGCCACGCACAUCGUGAAUGCAUCGCGAGAAACACAGUUUGUGCUCACCAUUAUCCGCAAUGUGAUGAAACAGAAGGAGCUGCUGCACAUACAUCCGAAUCUGGAGUCGUUGUACAAGGCCAUUGGCAAGGAGUACCUGCCGGUGGAGUUGGGCGGCAACAAUGGCUCCUUGAAUGAUGCCACGGCAUUUUAUGAGUCGCAGCUGACCAACUUUACGCCCUAUUUUAAGGAUGAUGAGCGCUACGGCGUCGACGAGAAGCUGCGCGCCGCCAGCGAGAAGGAGACGCGACCCACGCUGGUUGCCGCUGCUGCCAACGAGGACGGCACAUUUCGCAAGCUGAACUUCGAUUGAGGCCGAGGCUGUGACGACGAUAGUGGCUAGUGGCUAGUGGCUAGUGGCUAGUGGCUAGUGGCUGUGCUUGUGGCAGUGGCCGUGGCCAUAGCAGUUAGUUGUAUAUUCAAAUGCACAUACUAUACACACCUCACUCUGUCUAUAUAUGAGUCCCUACAUAUAUAUAUAUAUAUAUAUCUACGUGUAUAUAUAUACUUACAUACUAUGCUAUAGCGAAAUUUGGUCAUAGCUGGAACCUGAUAUUUUAUAACAAUUCAUAGAAGCAACAUCGAAACUGAAAGCAAAUUGAACAAUGUUACAACAAAAACAAAUUGCGCACUAAAAAACUGUAAGAAAAAAAUGCAAAACUAAAAAUGCCAUUAAAUGGCCAAAAACCUCAUGAAUGUCGAUUAUAAUUUAUUGUCGGUCUUAUCAACGCACAUAGCCUCAUCCAUAUGUCUACCGUUCCCCACUUGGUUUUCCUCGCCGCAUUUCGCUCACAAUGGACGUCUUCUACUUAUACAUACAUAUAUAUGUAUAUAUAUCAUACCAUAUAUAUGUGUAUACUAUACUAAGUUGAUGUUGGCUUUUAUUUUGAAUAUGCAUUCGUACAAACAUACCGAUGCAUAGGCAUAUGCAUAUGCAUACAUAUAUAUAUGUAUUUAAUUUUUGAACAUUUUUGAUUUAGUUAAGUGUCGUUUCUACUAAUUUUUGAUACUAGUUUACACAUAAACAUAUACAAACAUUGAAUAAAAUAAAUAUAUAUAUUUAGUAUAUACACAUUACAUAUAUAAUUGCCGGUGUAUUGUAGCGACCCAUGUUGAGUACGUUAAUAAAUUAAAGCGAAUUUGUUUAAAUGUCAAAAAAUAUAUAACAACAAACAACAACA